GCUGGAGAGAACCCAAGCAGAUAAAAGUGUUUGCUCUGGAGCUGGAGAGAUGCCUAACUCAUCAAGAACACUGGCUGCUCUUUCAAGAGGACCUGGUUUGAUUCCUAGCACCCAUGUGAUGGCUUAUAACCAUUCAUAACUCCAGUACCAGGGAAUCUGAUAUCUUCUGUUAGCCUUCUUGGGCAACAGGUACAGAUAGGAUGCACACACACACGCAGCCAAAACACCUAUGCACACAAUAGUUUAAAUUUUAUAGAAACAAGAAUGCUUGCUUCUCUUGCAAAAGGGCCAGAGUUUGGCUCCCAGAACCCACAAUGGGUAUUUACAACAGCUUAUAACUCCAGCUCCAGCUGAUCAGAGACAUCUGACCCCCUCAGGCACCUACAGUAAAGUGCACAGACAUCCCCUCCCAAGGUACACUAAAAAUAAUUAAAAUAAGUCUUGAAAAAAAUUGCCUGCCUUACCCUGCUACAGAAGGAAGACACAUUUCUGACAGUGGUGUCCAUAUUCUUCAAGGACGGAAGCAUGUGCUCUAAGAACAUGCAUAUGAACUAUGAAUCCAGCCAGAGACAAUGCUCUGCGCACACAUACAUACACGUGUGCACACAUACUCAGUCCAUACGUGCACAAACCCUGCACAUACACAUACAUCCUCCUCGAACACAGACGCAAGUAUUUCCACAUGCUUUGUGCACACUUCUCAGAUAAAGACCCACCUGUUCUCCAAAACCACACACAGGAGUUGAGGAGACCUCAGAGGUUAAGCGAAUGUACCACACUGGCAGAGGACCUGAGUGCAGUUCCCAGAAUCCAUGUCAGGCAGUUCAUGACCCCAGCUAACGCCAGCUCCAGUUGACCUUAUCAGAGGACUCAGACCAGUGACUACACUCACAUCCACAGGUCCACGUGGACAAACACACACACACACAACACACAUUUAUGAAUAAUUUAAAAUAGUAAAAUAUGAAAAAGGAAGAAAACUAUGAAUGCAUAAUCAGCAAAGAGAGUCAUAUACAACCUGUGUAUAUAUUUGCAAAUAUCCAGCAGACAGACACACAAUGUGCAUAAGCACAUGUGUAUAAAACUCAGACCCUACAAUCAUACAAACACAUAUGUAGGAGGCACUUAUCAAAUGCAAAUGCACUCAAAAGUACAUACAAACAUGCCAACAUGCUCAGUUCCAAACCCAUGGAUGCUCAGUGUGCACAGUUCCCAUCUGAUACAUAGACACGUUUUUCUCAACACAGCUCAUACACAGGCUCAUGACAGCUCACGCAUGGCCUUCUUCCCCAGGCUGUUUCCCUCCACCUGGUUCUCCAGAUUGAAUUAAGUCAAUUCUCUGAGAUUGAGAUCGUCACCUCCUGUACAUACGUGCAUCCCAGAACCCCGUACAGAGCAUGUGUUUAAUGAGUGUCUGUUGAAUUCACAGAGAGAGUGCUAAAGGACACAGAUUUACAGAGCCUAGCGAAAGGCAGAGAAAGCACCAGCAUACACACAGAACUGCUUACCCAAGAGACGCUUACCCUCUCCACCAAACACAGAGAAGAGAGAGACACAGAUUCGGGAUCACCCACAGAUCACACACACACACACACACACACACACGAGAGAGAGAGAGAGAGAGAGAGAGAGAUCUUAAAUUUUGUGGAUAUGUGGGCUGGAGAGAUGGUUUAGUGGUUAAGUGGUCUGCUCUUCCAGAGGCCCUGAGUUCAGUUCCCAGCACCCACAUGGUGGCUCAGGACCACCUACACUGGGAUCUGCUCUCUCCUGUCAUGCAGGCACACAUGCAAAUAAAGGGCUCAUAUGUACAAAUAAACAAAUCUUUUAAAAAAGAAAAAAUUGUGGAUAUAAAUAUGUUAAUGCACCAGUCCCCUGUUUGGGGACUUGAAGGCGGGGCUUUUGAAUGCCCCGCCCCAGAACCAAACCACACCCCUUUCAGUUGCCGCUGUUUGCCGGCCUUGGCUCUGUGCUCCUGAGGUUUCUCAGCGGCCCCUGGACUCCAGCCUGCCAGCAGAUGAGUGGCAGUGGGUAAGGCGGUGGGAAUCUUGUCUUCCACACUUUUAUCUUCUGCCCAGAAGCUUUUGGAACCUAUGGCAGAACCCCAACACUGCCACAGCCCAGCUUGGUACUAAAGGUCCAGCCCUGGGUGGAAGCUCCUAAGCCGAUUGUAAACCAAGAGAAGGUGACCGUGAAAGGAGUGAGUGGGGGAUGGGGCUGGAGAAGGGGGAGAGGAGUCCUGGUAGGAAGAGGGGCUUAGAAGAGCUGAGGUGGUCCUGUUACUCUGAAGGAAGUUGGUAGCAGAGGGCAAACAGGGUGAGAGAUUGGUUGCGUGUGUGGCUUAAACUGGGGGUGGUGUCUCAGCCUGAGGAUUGAAAGCGAUGUGUCUGGUGGGAGGGGAUCUUGGGUGAGAUCUCCUAGGUUCGCCAAGCCAUUGGCUUUACUUGGCUUCCUCCUUGUUGCCCAUCCUCUGUGCUGCCUGGCACUGAUUUCUGGUGGGCACUCACCAGUGCCAACCUGAGCCUCCAGGACAGUGAUACCUCAUCCCUCCACAUCAGCUGGCUCUUGUCUCCAGUGGACAUGGCCCACAAAGGCCACUUCUGGGCCCUGCGACUCAUCCUGGCACUGAUCUUCUUGGUGGCCUGUGGAAGGGGCCACCUAUUGCAAGCUGGGUUCUGGGGGCCCGCUGGGCUGGCAGCCAAUGUGAGCACAGGCCAGCUGCACCUAGCAGGGCACCCUCGGCUCUCAGUCCCGCCACCUGACCCGAGGAUCCAAGGCCCUGGUUCACAGACACGGUCAGUGCCAGAAGCUUGCUGCACGGCACAGAUAGACAGAGAGGCAGCAGGCCCACGGAGCCUUCUAGAGAGCUGCGGGGCACCAAGCCCGGAAUGUGAAUUCUUCCUGGGACACCUUCAACGCGCCCUCCGCAAUCGACUCCACCCGCUGCUGCUGAGGGUUCGCGGGACGCAGCAUCUCUGCCCAGAGGUCUGCCAGAUUUGGUUCACCACCUGCAAAGAAGAUUUUACCUGUGGCCCAACUUGGCUGCAACCCUCUGGAAAGAGAGGCUGCGAGGCCAGCUGCCGUACCUACGGGGAGACCUUCGACAAUGCCACAGACCUGUGUCACUCUGUUCUGGGUCAAGCCCUGCCGGUGGCGGCUCCCGGCUCCCAUCACUGCCUCAACAUCUCCAUCUCUGCUCCACGAACUCGCCACCCUCGCUCCUGGAUCUCCAAUGCUGCAGGCAGUGGGAGCGGCAGCGGCAGCGGCGACAGCCCUGAGUAG